AUGAAGGGUCCACUAUAUUUCGAGGUCAAGCAGAAUGAUGGAAGUUUGCCUACUUUAGUCUUGAAUCCAAACUCAUGGACGAAGGUGGCGAGCAUACUCUUUUUAGAUUUGCCUGUUAGUACUGGAUUCUCCUAUGGAACUACCUCUCUUGCUUCUAAAUCUACCGAUUUGCAAUCAUGUGACCAAGCCUACGAAUUUCUCAGGAAGUGGUUGAUUGAUCAUUCAGAGUUUUUCUCGAACCCUAUUUAUGUGGGUGGAGACUCAUACACUGGCCUUACGGUUCCAAUAAUCGUUCAACUAAUAUCAAAUGGAAAUGAAGUUAGCACUGAACCACUUAUCAAUCUCAAGGGAUACAUACUUGGCAACCCAUUAACAACUCUCGAUGACGGAAAUUAUGCAAUCCCAUUUGCUCAUGGAAUGGGACUUAUUUCAGAUGAACUCUACGAGUCAUUGCAGAGAAGUUGUCAAGGGCAGUAUUUUAAUAUAGAUCCUAGUAAUGCACGGUGUUUGCAGGAUUAUCAAGCUUACUCUCAGUGUAUUGAUGGACUUAACACACUUCAAAUUCUGGAACCAUCGUGUGGUUUUGCUUCUCCAAAAUCACAAGAAUUGUUUAGUGAAAGAAGAUCUGUCGAUGAGAAAAACAUAGAGCUUGUUGUUCAUCAACCAUCGCCCUGUGAUUUUAGUUCUAUUGAUGCAUUGAAACUUUCCCAUUUGUGGCUUAAUGAUGAUACAGUCCGAGAAGCGCUUCAUAUCCGAAAGGGAAGCAUAAAGGAAUGGAAUAGAUGCACCGAUGGAUUGCCUUACACUCAAUCAAUUUGGAACAGUUUCCAAUAUCAUGUGAACCUCAGCACUAAAGGUUACAAAUUUCUCAUAUACAGGUGAGAUCACUAUGUUUCUUGCAUUAAAACAA